CCCGGGUCUCCCUUUCUUCCCCGCCUGGCGCGCGCUGCCUUUGCUGCUGCUGCUGCUGCUUUUGCAUUGGCUGCUCCUCCUCCUCCUCCUCGGCUCGCCUUUUGGGCUCUUUCUCCCGGGUUUCUCCUGCGCCUUUGGAUGCGGAGGGCUGCACCGCAUGGAGGCAGCGCCCCGGGGGCUCCUUUGUCGCCUCCUUUGCCUCCUCUCCUUCCUCCCCACCCUCCUCCUCCUCCGCUGGGAAAGAUGAUGAAGUUUCGCUUCCGAAGGCAGGGCCACGACCCGCAGAGGGAGAAGAUCAAGCAGGACCUCUUCGCCUUCAAUAAGACGGUGGAGCAUGGCUUCCCCAACCAGCCCAGCUCCUUGGCCUUCGACCCCAAGCUGUGCAUCAUGGCCAUUGGGACCAAAUCAGGGGCUGUCAAAAUAUAUGGGGCUCCCGGAGUGGAAUUCACUGGGCUGCACAAAGAGACGGCCACCGUCACCCAGAUGCACUUCUUACCUGGGCAGGGCCGGCUACUCUCCCUUUUGGACGACAACACGCUCCACCUCUGGGAGAUCUACCUUAAGGAUGGAUAUUCCCAUUUGGAGGAGACCCGGAACUUCGUCCUCCCCGGACGUCCAGGGUUCGACAACGCUAACUCUCCUCCCAGCAUCACUCGGGUGACGGUCAUCUCCUUGCAGUCGGCGGGCGAUGUGGCCUACCUGGGGACCGAAGGGGGUGGCAUUUACGCCCUCGAACUCCCCUCCUUGGCGCUCCUGGAGGACCGGACUCUCUACCAGGACGAGGUCAUGCAAAGGGUUCCGGAGGACUAUCGCUGUGGCAAGGCUCUAGGUCCGGUGGAAUCUCUCCAGGAACACCCUCGAGACCCCACCAAGAUCUUGAUCGGUUACAGCCGAGGCCUGAUGGUUUUGUGGGACAAGAGCACCCGGGGCGCAAGCCAUCUUUUCUUGGGCAACCAGCAACUGGAAAGCCUGGCUUGGGAGCGGAGCGGCCAGACGAUCGUGAGCUCGCACAGCGACGGGGGCUACGCAAUCUGGUCUGUGGCAAGCGGCUCGGCAAAGACUCUGCAACCAGCCACAUCCACCAUCCCUUAUGGUCCUUUCCCCUGCAAAGCGAUCAACAAGAUUGUGUGGCAGUCCUGUGACUCCGGGAGUCACUUCAUCAUCUUCAGUGGAGGGAUGCCCCGUGCCAGUUAUGGGGACCGGCACUGCGUCACCAUCCUCCAGGGGCAGACCUUGGUGACCCUGGACUUCACGUCGCGGGUGAUCGACUUCUUUACGGUGUACGACACCGAGGUAGAGGCGGAAUCGGACAACCCGACUGCGCUGGUGGUGCUGGUGGAGGAGGAGCUGGUGGCCAUCGACCUGAGGACGCCCGGCUGGCCCACCAUCCCGGCCCCAUACUUGGCCCCGCUCCACUCCUCCGCCAUCACCUGCUCCUACCACAUCUCCAACGUCCCCCUCAAGUUGUGGGAGAGGAUCAUCAGCGCCGGGGAACAUCAGAGCCCCCGGCUCUCGACGGCGAACUGGCCCAUCAACGGCGGGAGGAGCCUGGCACAAGAACCCACUCAGCGGGGGCUUCUCUUGACGGGUCAUGAAGAUGGCACCGUCCGGUUCUGGGAUGCCUCUGGGGUCUCCCUCAAACCAUUAUACAAACUGGGAACGGCCAGCAUUUUCCAGACGGACUGCGACCACAGCGAUAGCUUGAACCAGUCCUGCGAGGAGGAGUGGCCCCCGUUUCGCAAGGUCGGCUGUUUUGACCCGUACAGCGAUGACCCUCGGCUGGGCGUCCAGAAAAUCGCAUUGUGCAAAUAUACGGCGAAGAUGGUCGUUGCUGGCACAGCAGGACAGGUGCUGGUGAUGGAGCUCAACGACGAGAAGUCGGAGCACGUGGUCAACGUGGCCGUGGUGGACCUCCUGCAGGACCGCGAGGGCUUCACCUGGAAGGGCCACGACCGGCUUCCCCCCAAGAACGGCGCCCUGCCCUUCGCCCCAGGCUUCCAGCCGAGCCUCCUGGUCCAGUGCGCGCCUCCCGCCGCUGUCACCGCCGUCACCCUCCACUCCGAGUGGAACCUGGUGGCCUUUGGGACCAGCCACGGCUUCGGGCUCUACGACUACCAUCGCAGGAACCCUGUCCUGGCCAGGUGCACAUUGCAUCCGAACGACUCCUUGGCCAUGGAGGGGCCCCUCUCGCGGGUGAAGUCCCUGAAGAAGUCCCUGCGGCAGUCCUUCCGCCGGAUCCGCAAGAGCCGAGUGUCCGGCAAGAAGCGGGUCAACACCAACAGCCCUUCCAGCAAGGUGCAUGAGGCCAAUGCCCAGUUGGCCGAACAGCCGGGGCCCCACGAGGUUGAGAUGACCCCUGUCCAACGGCGGAUCGAACCCCGGUCUGCUGAUGACUCCCUCUCUGGAGUGGUGCGGUGCCUCUACUUCGCGGAUACCUUCCUGCGAGACGCUGCGCAUCACGGACCCACCAUGUGGGCCGGCACCAACUCUGGCUCCGUCUUCGCCUACGCCUUGGAGGUCCCCUCCCAGGAGAAGUUUGCGGAGCGCUCCGCAGAAGCUGUCUUGGGCAAGGAGAUCCAGCUCAUGCACAGAGCACCAGUCGUGUCGAUCGCGGUCCUCGACGGCCGGGGGAACCCUCUGCCGGAGCCCUACGAAGUCUCCCGGGACUUGGCCAAGGCCCCCGACAUGCAGGGCAGCCACUCGGUGCUCAUUGCCUCGGAAGAGCAAUUCAAGGUGUUCACGCUGCCCAAAGUCAGUGCCAAGACUAAGUUCAAGCUGACGGCCCACGAAGGCUGCCGGGUCCGGAAGGUGGGGCUGGUGAGCUUUGCCAGCGCAGCCUGCGAGGAUUAUACCGAAAACGGCCUGGCCUGCCUGACCAACUUGGGAGACAUCCACAUCUUCACAGUGCCAGGGCUGCGGCCGCAGGUGCACUACGACUGCGUCCGGAAGGAGGACAUCAGCGGGAUUGCCUCCUGCGUCUUCACCAAACACGGGCAAGGCUUUUACCUGAUUUCUCCCUCCGAGUUUGAGCGCUUCUCCUUGAGCACCAGGAACAUCACGGAGCCGCUUUGCGUUUUGGACACGAGCCGCAGCCACGAUGCCACUUGCCUUGGGAACAACUAUGCCUUGACGCCCAAACUGAACCAGGCCAACGGGACCCACAUCGUUCGGAGUUCGGACCCUAAUCGCUCCCUCUCCAGCAUCGAACGAUCUCCCGAAGAGCACCAAGCGUCCUUUUCCCCGACGCCGGUCGACUCCCCCAAUAACAGCAUCGACACCCCUCUGGAUAUGACGGGAGACAUCACGGCGGAGGAAGUGAAGGACUAUUUGGCGCCUUCGGAAGAAACGGAGAGAAACCGGAGGAACGUCAAUGAGGACGAUUCUCGUUCUCCGGGGAUCCUAAUUAAAUGAGAGGCGGAGAAGUCAUUGGAAGGAGGCAGAAGCGACUUGGGACUUGAUUUUGCGACAAACUCUUUGAAAGACGCAUUUUUGCCGUUUCUCCAUUAUUACGCAAGGAUCGACAACAAGUGGGAUUAUUACCUUGAACUCAAAAACCUUCUCGUUUUUGGUACGUUUCUGAAUUUGCCUCUCAAUCCGUCUUUCUCGGAAAAAAGCCUGUGCCAUGCGUUUACGACGGGCCAGUUGCGUUGCGCGAAAGGAACCCGUGGCGCCUCUUAAUCAUCCUCCGUUUUUGGAACGCAAGGAAAGAACGGAACCGAGUUGGCGCCAUUUCUUUGGAGCGAAGCCUCACAAUGAGCUCUUAGGAAAACAAGCAGCAUUUUAUAUAGGAUCUUUGGAACCUCGGAAUCCUUUUAUUGUAUGAUUUUUUGUUUUUCCCGCGGGACAAUAACACAUAAGUAUUUUGACCUAUUUCCAGAGCCUUUGGAUUGGGAAACCGGACGGAAUCGGUACUGAGCCUCCUCCCCGAAAGCUCCUUUUUGGGGCCAAAUCCUGCCUUUUCGGGGUCUGGGAAAAUGACUUUUUUUCUAAGGGUUUUCCUUUUAUUUGAUGGUCUUUUUCUUGAAGGAUUCUUCUUAUGAAGUCUUUUGGGGUUUUGAGCGAGUUGGGGUCCACUUUGUGGGGAAAAGCAGACUUUGGGGAAACUUCGAUGCACAAACAAACCUUGGUGCUUGAACCAGAAAAAAAUAAUGUCAGAAUUCACGUCCUUUUCCUGCUUUGCUGUUUGUAUUCGUCUCAAUGUUUCGAGGAAAAUAUGAAUUUUUCGGACAUUCGGGCAGGAUUUUGGUCACUUUGUAAGGUAUGUUUCUCCACCCAAAAAGUCUUCUUUUAACAGGAAAAGUAUACAGAGCCUAGAUUGGAUUGCAAAACCUAUCAUCCCUUCCUCUGCACAGCCAGUUCGGGGGAGUUAAUGAUUGCUUUCGGACAUCUGCAUGAUUUCUCUCUUAGCUGCAUGCAGUUCGCGGCUUCUUGAAACAAAGCUAUUUGGAGCCCCUCCAAGUGGGACUACAAGUCCCAUCCUCUCUUUGCCAUUUCUUGGGAUACGAUGGGUUUUGCAAUUCAGGUUUAAUUUCACUUUUGGAUUGGUAUGAACAGGGUAAGUCUAGUGUGUGUUUGGAUGUUUUUGGAGCGCGAAGGUGCCGAACGCUUGGCCUUGCAGUCCAGAAUGACUGAAAGGGCGACCUCAAUUCCCAUUUCUGAUCAGAACCAAGGCUUGCGUUGCUCACGUUUCAUCCUUCAUUGGUUUCGUUACUUCUUCCAUUGGAAGGUCUUUCGUCUGUCAUUCGAACCCACUUCCCUUUCCCCACUUUGUUUUUAUUUCUUGUUGGGUUUUUCAUUCACAUUCCUUCGACUCAAUUCCGGUGCCAAAAAAAAAGAGGUUGGGACCAUUAUGUCUCAUAUGGGAUUUGUAGUCCACAAUCUCCCCAGUCCUCGUGAUGCGUCCAUACUUGCCCAUUGCAGCGCAUCGAAACCCCUUUAACUGUCAUAACAUUCUGGGAUGUAUAGAGAAGUCUCAGAAUUCUGUCACGACAGUUAAAGCGGUAUCAAACUGCGACAGAUUCUGCAGUGUGGAUGUGUUUUUUUCCCAAUCCUUCUUCCUGGGCCUUUUGUGCCUAGGAAAGGCUGGAAAAUAUAAAGAAGGUCAUGUAUGUAUGUGUGUAUAUGUGUGUGUGCGUGUGUAUCUCAAAUCAUUUGGUCUCGGCCUAAGAUAAGAUCCAGUCUUAGAUAACGGAGUUUUGCGCAAAGUUAAUGGGUCAUUCCUUUCUCCCCAAUGACGACUUUGCAAGAAAUUCGGAAUAUUUCGGUACAGUUUGCAUUCCCUUUCUCACCCUUUGUUUGUUUGUAUGUGUGUUUGCUUGUGUCAAAGAGAGCGAAUGGAGUGUCUAAACAGGGAUGAGGAAUUCGUAGCGGAAAUGUGCCAUUGUGUGUCUUAAUUUCCUUUUCGAUGAAUUGCGGAGGGGAGGGAUGGAGGGAGGGAAUUAGUCUCCUUGGUAGAAUGUACCCUCUUAUUGGGAAUCAUUUUUUUUUUUGUUACGGUCCAGAUAACGGAUUUAGCCUUGUUUAGCUAUUAAUACAGGUUUUUAAUAAACGAAACAAGAAAAAAAAACCACCCCCAAAUAAAGCAUUUACAGUAAUAUCUUUAA